GUAAAACAUGGCCGCUGCCACACUGUGUAUCUGAGUGUGGUUAGUGAGAAGAACUCUGUGUUUCUGAGGUCUGUUUUACAUCCGCAUUCACAAUGAUAACUCCUGCAUUUGACCUGAGCCAAGACCCUGAGUACUUGAUCCUCAGCAUCCGUGUGCCCUACACUAGAACAUCGGAGUUUGACCUUUACAUCGACGGAUCAGACUUCAAGUUCUAUGCCAAGCCUUACUUUCUAAGAUUAACACUUCCUGGAAGAAUUGUGGAGGAUGGGAGAGAAAAGGCCAAGUUUGACAUUGAUAAAGGUCUUGUCACUCUUCGGGUUCCGAAAGAGACACAUGGGGAGAACUUUGAAGGACUUCAGAUGCUGACGAGUCUCCUCGCACCAAAGGGCUCCCGUUCAGCAAAACCGUUGGUGGAGGAUUUAAGCUUAGGAUGCAGUGAAAGUGUCGGAGAUGUUGAAGAGGAGGAUGAAGAAGAAGAAUUUGACUGGCAGGUUGAGCAGGAGGCGUACACAGAGAGCUCCGAGGAGGAACUGAGAGCCCAGCAGAAAUAUGGCUUCGCCAACCAGAGGUCUGGAGUGUUUGCCAGAUUACAGGAGGAGCUCAGCGAUUUGAUCGAUAUCAAGAACCCAGAUGGAACAACCGCAGCAGAGAGGAGGCAGGCGAGGCUGGAGGCAGAAGCAUCUGCCUUUUCACCUGACCACUACCUUGCUGAUUUGUUUGAGGACGAUGAAAUAAAGGGCCUGCUGAAGUUCAAACCAUGGUGGGCAAAGCUGAGUCCUUCUACAGUUCAGGAUGGAGAAGCUGCUGUAUCAUUCACCGAUGACGAGAAGGAGCAGCUGAGAAAGUUCACAAUCCGCUCCUUCCUGCUGGACAAGACAUCCCGUCACCAAGCGUGGCUCGGCCUGGCGGACGUCCUGCUGGCUUAUUGCUAUGACGUGCGCUCUACAGAGGGAGAGCACAAUGUGGAGUCACCGUGGACAAUCAGAAAACUCAGCGGAACUCUCUGCUGGCUGGAGACGUACGGCUCCUUCCAAGAGGUCCUGGUGUCGUUUGGACGGAGGGCUUUGAGCUACCCACUCCACAGACACUUUGCAUUGGUCUCUGCAGCACUGCGUGACAUAACUAAGAUUUUUCAGUCAGGGAGAGCUUGUGUCCUCAAAUGCCUGCUGGAUAUCCACAAAGUCUUCAGGGAGAACGAGCCGGCCUACAUACUGAACGAUCUGUACAUCACAGACUACUGCAUCUGGAUCCAGAGGGUCAAGUCGAAGAAGGUGACAGCCUUUGCUGCAAUGUUACAGAAAGCCUCUCUGCGGAAAAAAGACUUGGAGCUGGAGCUGGAGGAGCUGGAGGAGGCGGCAACGAUGGUGGCAGAGGAAGAAGAAGAAGAAGAAGCCGAGGAGCAGGGAGCUCCCAGGGGCGCUUCGACAUCCCGCGGUGACAGCAGCAGCGCUUCCAGUGACAGCAGCUGCAGCAGCAGUGGCUCAUCUGAUGAGAGCGAGGAAUCUGAGGCUGAAAGGCAGGGAUGCACCGACUCCAGCAGGAGGGGAGGAGGAGGAGGAGGAGGAGGAGAGACGUCUAAGGACAACCCUCCCCUUCCCCAACCCACCUCCACUGCCUCUCCCAUCCCCCAGGAGCCGACACGCACGCUCCUCUCGCUGGAGAGAAAAGUGGACGCCCUCCCCUCAGCUUCAGAAAGCAGCAGACAGCUGAUCGAGGAGCUGGGGGAGCGGGUGGCCGAGGAGCUGAACGUCUCUCAGGGCUCCAGCUGCAGAGAGGAGAGGAGCCGUUCACAGCUGAGCAGCACUGAAGCAAAGACUGAAGGAACAUCUGUGAGGAGCAGCGGUGGGACUCUGCUGGAGCCGAGUCCUCGGAGAAACCCUCUGCUCAUUGUCCAACCAGAGGAGCAUCCUGACGACAGCGACUUCAUCAGCUAAGAGGAGCUGAGGUGGAACUUGAAAGACUCUUAUUAAACCCAAAUGAACUGUUCACUCCAUUCAAGUGUAAGAAAACCUGUUGGACCCUUUUUCAUCUAAUAUUUUUCUUUCUACUUCUGGAAUUUUUUUCAAACAUCUGCUUUGUGCGGCUGGGAUUUUGUUCCUUAACCUUUUUCUAAAGGACUUUAUUUCCCGUCUUGAAUUACAUUUUCUUAAAAGAUGAACUCGAAGCCUCAUUAAAUUCCUUAUUACCUAUUUAUACGGUUGCUUAACGAGCAUGUGUAGGUUUUAUUUCUCCCUAUUUCAUUGAGGGACACCCCGCCUCCUCCUUCUGUGUCUUGUCUGGUCUUAUCUUUUUUAAUUUUUGCUCCUCUCUCACUCUCAUGCUCUCUAUAUGUAUAUACGCCUACUUGCUUUACAACUAUAAUCUCUCAGCUCCUAUUUUGAUUAUUCAAUGUAAUUCAACAGCAUCUGCCAACAUCUGACAAGAGUGUCAAACUCCUCAACUCCCCCAAGUAUUUACCCAUGCUCAUAUUAACAUAUUGAGCCUGUUUAUUCAUGUUUGGCUCUCAUAAACGCGACAGGAAUGUCAUUCCAGGAAGCUGACAAACAUUUCUCAUUGUUUGUCGCUGUAUAUCACUCGGCAGAGAUGCCUGGCGGAGCUACUUUGAGGGAGCUAUGCUUUUCCUAAUAAAUAGCAGGAAAAGCUCUAACCCCUUUUCUAAAGCCCCGGCAUUGAUUGAAGUGGAAAAGACUCUGUCGGCACUAAACGGGGCCGUGGAGCACACGGGAGGGAUUGAUUGGUCUGGCAUGAAUGGAGGAGCGCAGUCAACGCAGCUCAAUAUCAUCAGGCGCGUCGAGCAGGCGAGAGAAAACAAACAAGGAAGCACAUGUCAGGCAGAUAGAUGAGGGCUGCGAGCGAGGCUGCGGCACGGCAGCCGUUUGUGUGAGAGAUAAGUGCACCAUGGGGCCCGGGGGGGGCGGCGAGAUAGAGGAGCACAAGUGCAGCGGAGAGAAGAAAACCGACACUCAGGUUAGGCUGGCUCAGUCGAGUCCAUGGAGUGUCAGCAGCACCUCAGGGCUAAGAGGGGGAUUUGAACUUCUCCUGAGUCCACGUGUGAUGAUUACCAUAAGAUGAUGGUAGAGAAGAAAUACAGAAGAAGAAGAAGAAGAAGAAGAAGAAGAUGCACUUUAUUUAUCCCACACACAUGCACAAACAUGCAUAGACACACUCAUGCAAUGGGGAAAUUAGUCCUCUGCAUUUAUCCCAUCUGGUGUGAUCUUUGGACAGACACACAGAGCAGAGCAGUGGGCAGCCAUGUACAGCGCCCGGGGAGCAGAUGUUGGGGGAGUAAGGUGCCUUGCUCAGGGGCACUAAAGGACCCACAUUAGCAGAGUUUCUCAGGUUGUGUGAUCUUCCGGGUCAGAACUAGUUGAGGGAGUGACUGAUCAAGCACAGCCACAGGUUUGCCUCAGGCUCUUCCAUCCUCCGCUGAAUGAAGGCUGCCAGGGAGACGGCGGUGAUGAUGGAUCCUCUGAUGGGCAGUGUCGGCAGUAUUGUGUUACCGAGAUGGAUGGUGUUGUUUGGCACCUCCCAAGCAGAGACAACCUCCUUGCAUGAACCCCCUUUUGGGAGCGAGCGUCACCAUCGCAGUGACGGAGAUGAGUUACGCCGUGAGACUCAGCCCAUUUACCCCCCCUCACUCCGGGGACACGCGUGUGGGGACUGUGCGUGCCCCAGCAGGCGGCUGUCCCCUCCAUCCACUGCACAUUGAUUAAGUGACACUGGGCUCCGUUGCCGUUUUUCAUCUUAAAGUGGCCUCCAUAUUCUGCCAUUAGCACAGCCGUCUCGGAGUCUGACCGAAGGCUCAGCACUUCUCCGGAAUCCUCUGCAAUUAAUACUCCUCACCAACUGACAUUUUUCAAGGGACUGGGCCACAUUUUAAUGAACGUAGCGUAUGAAUUAUACAAGGCAGUAAUGAAUGGGUCUGGGCUCUAUUUUGACUCCGAUUUGAUAAAUCAGCCCCUUAUCCAUGUACAGGGUGUGCCCUCUGACCCCCGAGGGCCUAGGAAACAGGAGUAAUGUGAUCAGGCGCUCGUGUAUGCCACCUUGGAAAUUAGCCCAUUAGCAACAGCACAUGUGCAAUAAUGAAGGUAGGUUCUACCACGCCUCAUGAUAGAUUGGCUUUUCACCAACCCAUCUGCAGCGUUUCCCAUUUAAUACCUGGACAGCAGCAGAGCGUCAUAAUGAACCAAUGGUUUGUAGACGUCUAAUGAUGAUGUCAUCACUGGACCGACCAGUGGGAGGACCUCACUGGGAAAGAAACAUCCACAAUGCUGGGCUAUCAAAAGAUCCAUAAUUGGAAAUCGUUUUCCCACCUAAUAGUUCAACUUUUUGCUCUGUAUUUGCUUCUUGUCAAAGGUUAGAUGAGCAGAUAGAGAACACCCUCAGUACAAAGCUACAGCCAGUAGCAAGUGCAAAGAAGGGGAAAUGGACAGCUUGAUUGCUGCCAAACGUAAAAACUCAUAUGACUCCCUGCACCCGGCGGAGAAUAUAUAAUGUUUUAAGUGAUGAUCUUUUGUGGUAGUGGAAAAUAGAUUUGUUUUUAGCUGUUGGACAGAGCCAGGCUAACCGUUCCCCCAGCUUCCAGGCUUCAUGUUCAAUGGACAGAUCAGAGUGGUAUUGAUCUUCCAACCGAACUCUCAGAAAGAUAGAGCGUUCUGAAGCUCUUUUCAGACAUGAACUCUGGAAAAUUGGGUCCAGACAUUUUGAAGAACGCAGCCGGACCUUGCAUCCGUCGACACUCUCUCGCUCACAUGGGCUCACUCAUGGACAUAAUCCAGACGGGCUGGCAGGAAAAGUUCUCGAAAAAUGUCUGGAGUAACUGCCUCAGGCAUUUGGGUUAUCACUUACAGACCCUUCUGAAAAUGUUCAGGAAAAUGUCCAGACUUCAGUGCAUGUCUGAAGGCAGUUUAUCUUCCUUUCAAUCAGGACCCACUGACAAGUUUUCCACUUUAUCCCCAACAUAUGGACGUUUAGAUACAGAACUGUAAAAAACAAAGUUAGAGUUUAGUUUUCGCCUUGGUGUUACUAGUUCAGUGCUCCUUCUAAACCUGCCUGUGUGUAAUUUACUGUUCUCUGGUCCUGUGUUGAAGCUCUGGAGCUACUUCAGAAUAGUUUCUUGUUAGUGAGUCCUAAAACUGUUCUGCCUUCUCCACCUGUCUCCUCCACUUCCUCUAAACAAUAUCCAGCUUGUUCAGGUAUGCGAGGUAGGAUUUAGUGGGAGGUUGAUUUUCUUGGUUUCUCUCUUAAGCAACUCCUCAUGUUGGACCUUCCUCUCAAGUGUUAUCUGUUCACUUUUCAUUUCGUGAACUUGCUCCUUUAGAGACACUUUUUCGUUUUUGAUGGCCUGCACUUGAAUCAACUUUUUACUUAAUUCUUUCAUUUGGAGAAACCCUGACUCUCUUCUCUGUCUGUAGGUGCAUCUGUAACAGAGAAGACAUGUUUAUAAAACCAGGCAGAUGAAACUACGUGUUUAUUGAGCAGGUGUUUUUAGUGAAAACACAUUUUUUGAAUGAAAGGAGAGCCCUUCUUUUUAUUUAGUCUACAAAUUGUCCUGCUUCAGCUCCAUACAGCACUCACAACAAGUUAUAUGAAACCACAGACAAAGUAACACAAAGCAUUAAGAGCAAAAAGAACAAACAGAUAAAGAAAAUGUGAUCGUCAGAUUGAGACAAACUUCAGCAAGAGGAUGAUCUACACAUUCUGUUCCAUUAUGUAUCCUUUCAGAGUUCCAUUCAGUUUUUGUUGAUUAAAUGUCAAACAUGUUUUCUGUUACUUUGUACAGUUUUUCUAUAAACUGACAAAUUUCACGGGGAUAUUUUCUGUUUCUAACUGUUUUUUAAAUAAAUGUUCUCUUACGUGAAACAACUUUUGGAAAAGGUUUUAUUAAUGUAGCAGUUUUGACCUCGACCAGAUCUUUGAAUUAAAGUGCUCUUAAUUUGAUGAAGCGUUGGUUCCUUGUUUCCCUAUAAGAGCUUUUAUUCAUUUAUGAUUCAUAAGGAUCUCAUUUGAAUGAUGGAAGAGUCAUUUUGUUUCCCCAGAAGUCCACACAGUAGGUAUUAUAUGGAUAAGAAUAAAGGAGUGGUACAAGUUGUAAAAUGAUGCUCAUCAUCUUUUAUGAAUUGAAAAUUAUGUAAUGAGCUCCCUGCUCGAUAUAAAGCAUUGCAGCAAGAAAAUGAACAUUGCGCUCUUACUUUGAAGGCAAACUGCCAAACAAGAAGUGAUUCUAUGAAUGUUGCUGCCAUCACAGAGAUCAGCACCAGCUGCACCCAUGACUGUUCAUGUCAGUGUCACCAUCAGUUCAA